CUUUUACUAGGCAUAAUCUCAAAAAGAGCACGAGCAUAAUUAUUUAGUCGUCGUCACUGUUCACCUACACAGAUCCUCGGAGCUUCCCACGAGACUUUUCUCGUAUAAAACCUAAAAAUGGGUACCCGAGAAACACUCCCAUGUUCCAUCACCGCUUUACUAUCCUCUUUGUUCUCCAAUAAAAUUUCCCUCGAAAUCUAUCAUUUUUACAAAAAACCAGUUCACCACCAUGUCAAUAAGCCUAAAAUCUCCAGUUUUUGCAGGCAAUCCGAUAAAAUCCAAAACCCCGAAAUCAACGGAUCCAUUUUCACACACAUCAGCCUUUGAAACCCUCAAGACUCUUCUUGUAGGGCAAACCCAAAUCCAAGAACCAUCUUCCCUAACUUUCAAGAUCUUGCCUUUUAGAAAAGGGAGACCUUUAGCUGGAUCAACUGGUGAUUUGGUCAAGAAAUGGCAUCUGGGUUGGUUUAAUUUGGUUGAUUUUCGAGAUGUUUUGGAGGGUUCAGAGGUUAAAUUGAGUGAAGAUUUGUUGGUUUAUUUGGGUUAUGAAAGUGAAGGAGAAGACGCGAAUGUUGUGUAUUGGGGAAUCGAUGUGAGUGAAGGGGAGAGUUUGGUGGAGAAAUUUGGUAGUCAGCAGCUUUGUUUUGUGCAGUUGACGACUUUAAUGGUGGCGACUGAUUGGGCUGAUGAUACUGCAAUGGGCCAACUUGCUAUUGCUGGUCAUGCGAGAGCGUUACUAGAAUGGCAUAAUACAUCACGUUUUUGCGGAUCUUGUGGUGGAAAAUUAAUUCCCAUUGAAGCUGGGAGAAGGAAGCAAUGUGUAAAUGAAUCUUGCAAAAAGAAGAUCUACCCACGAAUCGAUCCGGUUGUCAUUAUGUUGGUGAUAGAUAAAGAAAACGAUCGUGCACUUUUUAGUAAACAAACAAGAUUUGUGCCUAGAAUGUGGACUUGUCUUGCUGGUUUUCUUGAGCCUGGAGAAAGCUUAGAAGAGGCAGUAAGGAGAGAAACAUGGGAGGAGACAGGCGUUGAAGUUGAUGACGUUGUUUAUCAUAGUUCUCAACCAUGGCCAGUUGGAAGUAGUAGCAUGCCAUGCCAACUAAUGGUAGGGUUCUUCGCAUACGCAUCAUCACUUGAAAUAAAUGUGGACAAAAAAGAGUUAGAUGAUGCGGAAUGGAAAAGUAGAGAAGAAGUGAAGAGAGCGUUGACUUUUGCUGAAUAUGGAAAGGCACAAAAAACAACUGCAAUUAAGGUUGACAAGAUAUGCAAAGGGGUUGAAAAAGGUCAAAAUCUUGCUGCGGAUUUUAGUGUUGAAAGUGGGGAACUUGCAUCGAUGGUUGUUCCUGGACCUUUUGCAAUCGCUCAUCAUCUCAUAUCAUCAUGGGCUAAUCAGGUUUGAUUGCUUUGAUUAGCAAGUUGGUUUUGAUGGUAUUGGUGUUUAAACUUAUGAACUUUAGGUUUAAAGUUUAUGUUGUGAGUUAUAUUUGGUAUGUAAUAUUUGGAUUCUAGUUUAACAUGUAUAUUACUUGUUCCUCAUUGGUCAUAUUUUGAGAAAAGUUUCCAAUAAAGGGUUGUUUGGGCAAUUGGGUGUGCAUUUUUUGGAACAUGGUACUCCCAGUUGUUGCAAUGAGACUAUCUGUUUCCAAAAAAUACUAGAAGAUAUUUUUACGAAUAAUUUUGAAACCACUGAAUACAAUAAAUAUGAUUCAUCCGAGAAAAUUGCAAAAGAAACCACUGAAUACAAUAUGAUUCAUCCGAGAAAAUUGCAAAAGUGGUUAGUGUGGUUUGCAAUUUUCUUUGACAAAGGUCCAAAAAAAUUUAUUUUGCACAAGGGUGUUUUUAUGUGAGAGUUUCAUUGUGGAUUUAGUCCCUAACUAUAACAACCAUUAAAAUGCCAUCGUUUUCUUAAGCACAUUCCCCUUACAUGAGUGUAUUUUCAUCUUUUCAUGUUGAACGACACGUCAAUAUAUUUACCGCCAACCUUAAACCUUGUCAUUAAUGACAUAAUUAGUCCUAAAUGUCAUCAACCCUUAGCAUCCUCCCUCCUUUAUUGAGUGCACAAUCAUAAGAGAACCCUAAUCCAUCAUAGAGCUAAACUCUCGAUUGCUUGAAUAUAAUAGAAUAUUGUACUUACAAUGUGGACGAUAAGACAUGUUGACUGUUUCUUUGAUGCAAUGACUAUGUAUGGUGAGUAUCAUUGUCUCGUUUUUGGAUGAUUAAGCAAAUUGCUAAGUUGAUUUGUGGUUUUUGACUGGUUUGUUGUUGUUUUGUUUUUGUUUUUUGUUUUUUUUUGUUUUGUGUUUGUGUGUAGAUGUAAUCCACGUUGUUCACAGUUGAACUGCACCAUGGUGGGAAGUCCACACGUUUUCUAAGAAUAAGGUAUGUGCAUGGGCAAGUGAGAUAUGUAGACUUGAUUGUCAUAGACGAGUUCCCAGUGUAUUAGUUAGACAGUGUGAUGAACAACCAGGAUAUGUGGUGCUCCUUGUAAUGUAUUACCAUAUUAGAAUACCCAAAGAAAACUUGGAUUUUUGUCUUAGAGCUCUUGGUAAUGAUGAUGAUGUUAGUAUGCUAUCUAAGUAUAUCAGGUCUAACAAGGUGAUCAAGGUUUAUAUUGUAACGCCUGUGUUUCUGGGCUAGCCAUUUUUAUCAAUGUAAUGGUCUAGGUUAACCUUUGUAAC